UCCAUCGCUUGUGAUGGGACAGAGGGAGUAAAACAAAUAAAAAAAAAACUUUUUUCAAAAGCAAACACUCAACACUUGGCAAAAUCACAUUUAGAAACAAAAGGAAUUUGAAGCAUCGCUUAUCGUUCUUCUUCUCAAAUAAACUUCGCCAAAACCCUAUUCUUCGAAAUGACGAUGUCACAACAGCACGCCGGAAAAAGAGUGAAUAAACCCUAGGUCUCGGCUAUACAAACCCUGAAUUAGGAGGAGGAAGGUUGUUUCUUUAGGUGCUGGUCCUUCGACGGCGACUGUAAAUACACCCCAAUCCCCACCGCCUUAAAACCCGCCACAACCCCGGCCGUCUCAAAGCCCUCUGCAACCCAUGCCGCCUCAAAACCCUCCUGUACGAGCUCUGCCUCAAAACCCUCCUAUACGAGCUCCACCUCAAAAUCAGCCACGUUCUACCCGUGAAGAUGAGACAUUCACAACAAGAGUCCACCACUGUGGUAAAAUGGUUAACACAAUUGGAAAACAAUACGUGGGUGGGGGGUUGAGCACAUCCAUAAAUGUGAUCCAGACAAGUGGUCAAAGUUGGAAGUUGAUGAUGCUCUGGAGAAGGUUGGUGUUGAUAUGGUUCUUUCACAACAAGGCUGAUGCACUCUGGUAUGCUGUUAGAUUCUGGUGGAAAAUGUUAUAUUGGUGGGCAGUAGUAAAUUGACAAUUGUGACCCAGAUUGGUGGUCCAAACUUGAAGUUGACGAUGUGCUCGAGAAUCUUUGUGUUGAUGUCAGUCGUUUACAUUAUUAUUACUUGAAGCCCGGGAUGAGCUUAGACGAAGGACUGGUGAGAUUGUUUGACAACAUCUCAUUAAUGGAGAUGGCUGAAUUAGGAGUCCAGAGAGGGAUAGUGGACGUUUAUGCACUCCAUGAAAAUGAUGUGUUAGUUAGUCAACUAACACAAGAGCUUGGUUUAAGUGAUGUAGGGACUGGGGCUGCUGACGCUGUUAGUGUGGGGUCUGUGGAUGUAGGGGCUAGUAAUGCGAGAUAUGUGGAUGUAAGGGCUGGUAAUGUAGGGGAUGAUGACUUUGAUAUAUGGAUUGGGGAUGGGGCUGAAGGUGAUAGAAGGGGUGGAGAUGUACCUGGUGAUACACUCAUUAUAUUUGAUGUAGAGGAUGAUGUGCAAGCAGAACAGGAAAAGGCUAGAGCAAUCAGGAAGGCCAAGGUAAAAGCUAAGGUGGGGGGAAGGUGUUGUCCAGUAAGAUUAUGAAGAUAGUGAGGAGUUGGUAGAGGAAGCGUGCGUUCUAACGAAUCACAUAAAACUGAUCUAUUUAGCAGAUUAUUUAGACAAAUUCUAUUCGCGUAAU